CGGGAUCCGACAAGAAGAGAUUAAAUUUGAAAUUCGCGCGCGGAUGUUUGUUUUUAAAGUGAAAUUUUCAUUAUCAGUGAAUUCGUCAGAGUUCGAAAACAAUAUAUAAUAUAUACAGUAUAUUUGUGCUCUCAUACAUUAAUAAAAAGUAUAAACGGAAAAACAGGAAGAGACGGAUGCAACGCCUUGAGGCCAAAAUGGCCGCGUUAAAGUUGUUCAAUAGUUUGCUGCUUGGACUAGCGCUUCUAUCAGCUAUGCACGAAGCGCGGGCUUAUCACCCUGAACCGUCUUCGAGACAGGGUGGCUAUUAUAGCGGGCAAGGCGCUGGGUUAUCAGAAUCGACAGGUUACGGGAGCACCAGCGGCCAUGGCAGCUACAAUGCCAGAAUUCAAGAUCAGCAGCCGAUCUACGAACGUCCACCACGUACAGAGCAACAGGAUUCGCAAACCAAUGAGUACUUUGCGGGCUGUCCGGUGGACUUCACAGGUCUGCUGCCUUAUGCAUACGACUGUCAUCGGUUUCUGAAUUGCGACAAGGGCCGUGCUGAUAUACAAACCUGUGGUCCGGGUACAGGAUUCAAUCCCGAAACGCUUGUCUGCGACUAUGCCAACAAGGUCAACUGCGGCGUCAAUGCCGCUCUGGGUGCCCAGCAACAUGCUGAGCCCCAGCGCAACUCUCGAUUGUCGAGUGCAGAGGUUAAAUGUCCUCCAGGAUUAAAUGGACUCCAUCCACAUCCCACGGACUGCACCAAGUUCUUGAAUUGUGGUGCGGGACAAAUCUUCAUUCAAGAUUGCGGCCCUGGCACAGCAUUUAGCGCUUCUAUGCUAACGUGCGAUCAUCGCGAUAAGGUGGAUUGCGGAGAGCGGCUAUAUGGCCGCUUAUUAGAUGCACUUGAUGGCCACGUUGGCGGUGGUCUAAGUUGCCCGCCCGGAGCGCAUGGUCUGCAUUCGCAUCCCCACGACUUACACAAAUAUCUCAUUUGCGGAGGAGUAGGUGUUCAGACACGAGUGGAAACGUGUCAACCGGGCACGAUCUUCGACAGUCAAAGAUUGGUAUGUGUUUUUUCAGAUAACGCCGAGAGUCACUACGAAUUGUCCUGUAAGUUCCUAGCCUCUGUACACACCAGUGAUCUGUUCUGUCCCGAUGGCAUUGUGGGUGUCUUUGCGCAUCCGUUUGAUCAGACUAAGUUCUUGAAUUGCAAGGCUGGCAAGACAGGUGUUCAAAGCUGCGGGGCCUUUCAGGUAUUUAGCAUAUCAAAGGGUCAGUGCCUUCCAAAGGACAACCUGAUUCAUUCUGACUAUGUGGCCUACGUUGUCUCAGCUGUGAGCCAUGAGUAUUCGAUGAUGCUCACCAAUUGCCCACCAGGCACGGAUGGUCUUCACUUCUAUCCAUACGAUGCAGCCAAGUAUUUGUAUUGCGCUAGCGGUGGCAAAAUGUCCAUUAUGAGUUGUGAGGCCGAUAUGGCCUAUAGCAUAGGAAACCGUGCCUGUCGUGUACGUCGAUUUGUUAGUGUUGGCGAUCGUGUUAAGUUCUUCGCGGAACUGAGGUUGGAACAGAGAACCUACAGCUAUGUGGAAUCGCAAGCUUUCCAGUCUGCGCUAAGCUCCUGUCCGCCUAGCUUAAACGGUGCCUACCCCUACUCCUUUCAUCCGACCAAGUACGUGCUUUGCCAGCACGGUUUACUACACGUGGAAUCAUGUCCAAUCGGCUCUGUAUUCAGUCUAUCGCAGCACAAGUGUUUGAAAAGUAACGUCCUGCUGGCUCAUGACAGUCUUGAUCACACCUAUAUUAUUACCAAUUCUCAGUUGGAGCACAGUCUGUCCACUGAGCUUAUGCAGGACCUGACCACAAUUACUUGUCCACCGCAUGCCCAGGGGUACUAUCUGCAUCCCUUUGACUGCACCAAGUUCAUCAGCUGUCGCGAUCAGCAGACUCUAAUCGAGACCUGCGAAAAUGGUGGAGUUUUUAGCAUCUCUCAGCGCCGAUGUGUGGCGCGCGAUCAAUUAGACGCCUAUGAUCGUGUUGAGUAUCUGGUCGAAACGCAACACGAGUUUGUUGAGGAGCAGCAAAAUCAGCGGGAACGGGUUCAGGCACACUUCACUGGAAACUCAAUCACGAACAUUCAUUUGACAGGCUCCGGGGAAGUAACCUGUGCUGUGGGGGCCACUGGUCUACAACCGCAUCCCUAUGAUUGCAACAAGUUUCUGAACUGUGCUAAUGGCCAAACUUUUGUUCAAAAUUGCGGUCCGGGUACCUCGUUUAAUCCUGCCAUUGGUACGUGUGACCAUGCGGACAAGGUCGAUUGCAGUGCGCAGAAAGAACCCGAUAGCAUAAGCCACAGUAGCAGCAGCUGGAGCCAAAGCGGUAGCGGUGGUGGAGGCAGUAGUUGGAGCCAAAGCGGUAGCGGUGGUGUAGGCGGUAGCUCGAGUGUUAGUCUUGGUAAAGGACUGAGUGCGUCAAGUAAUCUUCAGGGCGGACAAUUUGAAGGAACGAGCAACUCUAUCGACUAUAUUAAAUGUCCGCAGACGUCCUAUGGCCUUUUUGCCCAUCCUUUUGAUGCCACACUGUUUCUGCGCUGCGCUGAUGGAAGAACACUUGUUCAGCAUUGCUCACCUAGUGAAGUUUUUAGCCUCUCACGUAGCUAUUGCUUACCCCUAGAUCAAGUGCCCAGUAGCGAUCGUGUAUCUUUCAUGAGUUCCAACCAAAGUGUUAGUGUGACCACGACCCAGGCCAUUGAAUCGCUAAGCUGUCCACGAAACUUUCUGGGUAAAUACGUUUACCCCUUCGACUGUGUCAAGUUUAUCAGCUGCGAAGCAGGCGCUACUUAUCUGCUAAGUUGCCCGGCAGGCAUGCACUUCAGCUUUUCACGUCGCAUCUGUCUAUCUUUGACUGAGGUUCAGAGCGAAGAUCGUGUCCAUACGGCCAGUGAGCUGCAAGAGUUCUACGAAUGGUGGCUAUUAUGGAGCAGACAGAGGCAGCUGCAACAACAGAGCUUUGCCAUCACCUGCCCCUCCGGCGUAAUGGGGCCCUAUCAACAUCCUUUCGUCGCCAGCAAAUUUCUUAGUUGUCGGCCAGGGCAAUCGCUCAUCUACGAUUGCCCCGAGAAUAAACUUUUUAGCAUUUCACGCCGUUUGUGCGUGCCGCAGUGGGAAUUGUUGGCUGAAGACCGUUGCGACUACCAGGUGGUAAUGCUGAACAAUAAAGUAAAUCGGGAGCCCAAGUCAUAUGGUGGAAUUGGUGAUGGCGGUACACAUUUGGGUCCUUGGGAAGUUGGAACCACCACGACAAUGACGAAGACUACCAAUAAUGACCGCUGGACUAACAUGAAUAUGCAAAGACCACAAGGCAUUGGCUUUGGCCAACAGCAGCCGUCGCCAUCUGGCUAUCCACAUCACGGUUCGAUCUAUCAGAACACGCAGGUACCGCAGCCUGGAGGCUGGUAUGGCGAAGGCAGCCGUUUCGAGCUUGCGGCUCCAACACAGAGCGUGCUUUAUGUCGAAGGCUCUCUACAACCAAAUCGUAAUUAUAAACCAACUGCCACGCACACAGUCUAUAAGGCGCCCCUAGAACCUUUAGCAACAACGACCACAACCAAUAUUUACUAUGCAGAGCCCGUGGAUAGCAUGGAGCUCGUUAACAGUUGGCCACAAAAGCCACAAGCUCCGCGACAAAAUUAUAGUCGCGAAAUAAACUAUCACUCGAACACAAACGAUGACUGGCAGCCGCUGCCCAGUCAGCCACCUAGACCUUUUUUCGAGCCCAGACCAGGCAGAACACAAAAGUUCCCAUCGCUAGCAGAAGCACCAGAAUCUGGACAACGUCCUCUGGACCUAGAUUAUAGUCCCACUGACAUAUCUCAACGUACCAAAGUCGCCAACGGACAACCUUCUGGCCCAUAUGCCAACUCCCUUGCCACAACCCCAAAAUAUCCACGACAAUUUCAUCCAGCCAAACCUAUUUAUCAGGGACCCACAGACGAUGGCUCAGGACAGAAACCUCAAGAGUUAGACUAUAGUCCUAAAGACGACUCUUCAACUUCCAAACGCUAUCCAUCAGGUUCUCCUCAUGUGCCGGCCAACCACAGACCUAUCUAUGAUGAAUCUAAUUUAUAUGGCGGACUUUUACCACCUCUGCCGACUCCCGUACCCCAACAAACAACUCCCUCUUCCACCAAUGUUCGCACUUUUCCUAUAUAUCCACCAUUGGCCAAUGCCAGCGCUUCCCAGCAACCCCACUAUCCUCACUACAGUCCAGGCUAUGCAGCAGUAGCUCACUCACACAAUACAUCCUGGCAAAAAGCACCAAACGCCGUAACAAAUCGGUUCAAUCCACAAAUAGAAAAGUUAGAUCCUCAGCAGCCGCUAGAUCCAUUUGAUACGCAACAGGAAGAGACAGAGCCCCAGUAUGAUUAUGAAGAAGAAUCCCAACUAAAUGUUGUUACGUCGACAACCGAGCGACGUCUUCUAUCACCACCGCCCUUCAACCAUCACUUCUAUAAUCCUUCGAAAACAGCGCCCAUUCCAACACGACCCACAGACCCUAUAUCCCAGUUACCGAUUAGUGACGCCCUGCGUCUUAUGCUUCGUCCCUAUUUGAAUCACAGUGGAACGAUUGAGGACGAUGUCGCUCAACGUGCCGAAUCUCAAAUUAUGUCCGUUUUAAAUAGGCCGCUCAAAGAGGAAACCACAACACCUAUGUCCAUACUGAUAACGACUACAACCAUACAGCCGGACGAUGACGCCGAACUGAUUGUGGCUGGCGAGCAGGAAAGCCUUCACAAUGCUGACGACGACUCUGUUAAUGUUGCAGAUAAGGGCGAAACCGCACGUACUGAACACACCCUUCAUCCAAAUCCCACCACAUAUACAUCCAACGAUGAUGUAACCAAUUUCCACGUUGGCGCACGUGGCACCCGAAAGGUAGACACCGAUAGAAAUAAUUGGCAGACGCAUGGUCACACUCGUGGCUUCCAUCUGCGUCAUCCAAAUCUCCCCGAUCCAUUUGACAAGCCACGAAAGGACGAUGACCAGGACAAACACCACAAUAGACACCUACACCCCUCUCAUACACACUUCCACCAUCAACAUAGUCGCGCUUACCAUGAUAAGCAUCCCGAUAUGCCCAAUCCGUUCAAGCACGAGUCACAUCAGCAUAGCGAAGCCUUUCAUCGUCGUCGUCCAGAUCUGCCGAAUCCAUUUGCUGCACACAGUGAGGAAAAGACAGAAGUGUCUGAGGUGCCGAAGCAGGUGGAGGAGUCACAAACUUCAGAUGAGUCAGAGUUUCUGCCUCAUUUCAAUGCCGAAGCCACCACGCCUAAAGGGGUGAUCGAGCACGACAUAAUCGACUUUCUGUCGCGAGGAAACUUUGAUGCCAACCCCACGAAUGCCCGCACUCCCACCCCUCCUUGCGAGUUUGAUUGCAACAAUGGGAGACAUUGUAUCAAGAAAGCUCAAGUUUGCGACGGCGUGAACAACUGCGGGAAUCGCAAGGACGAGCAACAAUGUGACCAUCUGGGCUAUGAAGUGCGUCUUACUGGUGGUGAAAAGGCUCACAUGGGACGAAUUGAAGUGAAAGUAAAUGGAAAGUGGGGAUACGUCUGUGACGACAAGUUUGGACUACGCGAUGCUGAUGUCAUCUGCCAUGAGCUGGGAUACAAAAUGGGUGCACUUGAGGUGCGUGGCAGUUCCUUUUAUCCCCCGAUUGAGCGCAACUUCAACUAUGCCAUGGAUGAAGUUGAUUGCCGUGGCAAUGAGACAAAGCUGAAGGAUUGCGACUUCAAAGGCUGGGGUGUACACAAUUGUGGCCCUGAUGAGGUAGUGGGUGUGGUCUGUAAAGUGCCAGCGUUAAAGUGCCCCAAUAACUACUGGCUUUGCUCCACAUCUAAAGAGUGCAUUCCGCCGGCAUUUGUCUGUGAUCAUACAGCGGACUGUGCAGAUAAGUCGGAUGAGAGCGACGUUAUCUGUAAGGCACCCAUACAAUAUCGUCUUGAGGGUGGACGGAGCCAAAAUGAGGGUCGUCUGGAAGUCAAGUACCAUGGCGUGUGGGGCAGUGUGUGUGACGAUGACUUUACUUUAAAAUCUGCUCAGGUGGCCUGCAACUCUUUGGGCUACUAUGGACCAGCGCAAAUUGAGAAGAACAUUUUCGGGCCUAGCAAUGGACCUAUUUGGUUGGAUCAAGUAUCAUGCUAUGGCAACGAGUCUUCUAUUGACAAGUGCAAUCAUUGGAACUGGGGCGAGCACAACUGCAAUCAUACUGAGGAUCUGGGCCUGCUUUGUAAGGCGGGACCCCCGCCACGCCCUCGAACUCGCCUGCAGGCCCUUAGUGUGAAUGCAACCAAGAAUGCGCAAAACACAGCUAAUAGCUUGGCCGAUAUUGGACUGUGGGAGCGUUCGAGUAAGGCUCUAAAUACUCCGCGGCGUUGCGGUAUCUUCAAGGACGAUCUUGAGGAUGAGUACGCACACCCAGAGCAGCGCGUAGUUCAAGGCGCCGUGGCGCGACGUGGCCGUCAUCCCUGGCAGGCUACUAUACGCACACGUGGACGAGCCGGCGUCUCUAGCCAUUGGUGUGGAGCUGUGCUGAUCUCCAAACGACAUCUACUUACUGCCGCCCACUGUGUCUAUGGGCACCCGAAAGGAGCAUAUUUUGUGCGCUUGGGUGACCAUUAUGCCAACAUUGCUGAGUCCUCCGAGGUCGAUUCGUUUAUUGAGAGAUGGUAUGUGCAUGAGAAGUUCCGCGAUCAAACCCACAUGAACAAUGAUAUUGCCGUCGUGGUGCUUAAGAGCCCAGUGAAGUUUAGUGAUUAUAUUCAGCCGAUCUGUCUACCAGACCGUGGCGCGUAUCAUCAAGCAAAUCGCAAUUGUACUAUAUCUGGCUGGGGCUCCAUUAAAUCGGGCGUGUCAACUCCUUCGCAUAUCCUGCGUUCGGCCCAGUUACCCAUCUUACCGGAUGAAACCUGUAAACAGAAACACGUGUAUGGUGAUGCCAUGAGCGAUGGCAUGUUCUGUGCCGGACAAAUGGACGAAAGCGUUGAUGCCUGUGAGGGCGAUUCGGGAGGUCCUCUUGUCUGCUCCGAUGAGGAUGGCGAAACCUUGUACGGUCUUAUAUCAUGGGGUCAACACUGUGGCUAUGCUAAUAAGCCUGGCGUAUAUGUGCGUGUUAGUCAUUAUAUCGAUUGGAUCUACGAGAAGAUCAAUUUGAGCUUGACACGCGGCUAACCUUAAAGCUAAGUAUAAUACAAGCAACAUGAAAAUUAACAUUACAUUUCUCCAUAAGUACAUAAAUGCUUAAUGAUUAAAAUACAACAAUAAUUGGUAUUGCAUUUUUUGAA